AUGGAUAAAUAUGAGCUACGUUGGGGUAGGGUGUUUAGUCGCCGGGAGGAGGAACGAGCACGAGGUGAGCCGUCACGCGAGCGCGGGCGAUCUCUGGAGCGCUCGCCGCGAAGGCCGGCAUUUCGCGCAGAUAGAGUCCCCGUCGCUGGGGACCGACGGGCGGAAGGGAGGCCUAGCGUGGCAGCGGGUGGAGAAGGAUACGCCGCAAGCACGGACGGAGACGUGUGGCGAAGAGGGCAUGAUCGCGGAGAUGGAUACGGGAGCGGAGACCGACGCGCCGUGGGAGUGUUCCGCUCGCCGGAAGAGCGCGGGCGCCGCCGUGAUGAGAGGGGCCAUUGGCAGGGCGUCGAGCGAUUCGACGCCAACCAAGGAGGGGAGGCCGCAGAAAAGGAAGAAGCGUGGGAGACGUCCGGUGAGGAAGAGGCAGAGGAGGACGCAGCGAACCUGGAACGGGCGGUCGAAGACGCCAACGGAGAAGAUGACGGCGAGGAACCCGCGGUUGGGCUCGGAAGCGCCGAGCCUGAAGAGGCGGACGUUGCCGGGGGCGCAAGCCAGGCAGGGGCGGAAGGAUCGCGGUCGGGACGGUCGGAAUCACGCGGACGCGACGCAAGCCGCCAGGAGGAGCAUUACGCGGAGAGGUCGCGUCAGCAGGAGCGGCGGGACUGGGGCGUGCAUGCCGGCGCUGUGGGGACGCAAGGAGAACACACAAGGGGGCUGGGGCGAAGACGGCGCACGAUCGCCGGACAGGCAGCUGAUGCACAAGGGAGGAUGGGAGGGCGAGCCACGCGCAGCCAGCCACCACUGGCGGCGGGAAGAAGGACGCGAGGAGGGGCCCAGCUCAUCAGAGAGGCGCGGCCAGCGGCAAGAGGGGCGCGGCGGGGAGGCACGGACGUCUGGCCCGCAAGCGCAAUGGGAGAGGAGGGUGAGUGGCGGAUUCCGCUCGCCUCUCGUCCGGCAGCAGCGGGGAAGAGAAGGCGGCGGAGACAGGCGCUCGCCCGGAGAUCGUCGGCAGCAAGGAAGGGGAGAAGCAUGGGAACCGUCGCCAGAGAGGCAGCGGCAGCGAGAGACGAGCACGGCGAGGUGGAGAGAGACACGAGUCUCGCCGGCACGAACGCGAGGGCGUGUGGGGGAGGAGAGGGGCCCGAGAGAAAGGCACGGUGA